AUGGACGCCCCCCGGGGCUGGCUCAUGGUUGGUGUGCUGGCCAUGUCCUUGGCCUCUACGGUGACCCAGAACGUGUGCCGAGCGCCGGAUGGGAGGGACGGGGCUCCAGGAAAUCCUGGUCGACCCGGGCGGCCAGGCCUCAAGGGGGAGCGAGGGGAGCCAGGGGCCCCCGGCAUCCGGACAGGCAUCCGCGGUCUUAAAGGGGACCAGGGGGACCCGGGACCCCCUGGCAUCCCCGGCAACAUGGGCUUCCCAGGACCCAGCGGCCCCAUGGGUAACCCCGGCUCCCCAGGCUUGAAGGGCAUCAAGGGCAACCCGGGAGACAUCAACGCCCAGCCGCGGCCCGCCUUCUCGGCCGCGAGGCGGAACCCGCCGGCGGGCGGGGGCAACGUGGUCAUCUUCGACACGGUCAUCACCAACGAGGAGGGCCGCUACCAGAGCCACUCGGGCCGGUUCGUGUGCGCCGUGCCCGGCUACUACUACUUCACCUUCCAGGUGGUGUCCAAGUGGGACAUCUGCCUGUCCAUCAUGUCCACCCGGCGGGGCCUGACCGCCAGCUCCGUGGGCUUCUGCGACACCAACAGCCGGGGCACCUUCCAGGUGGUGUCGGGGGGCUCCGUGCUGCAGCUGCAGAACGGGGACCAGGUCUGGAUCGAGAAAGACCCCGUCAAGGGCCGCAUCUACCAGGGCCCCGAGGCCGACAGUGUCUUCAGCGGCUUCCUCAUCUUCCCCUCCUCCUGA